AUGGCUGAUGAGAUGGUUACAUCAAGCCAAUCGUCUCAGACUAGUACUUCUUUUCGAUCAAUCAGCAUCUUGGUUGUGGAUGAUGAUACCACAUGUCUUUCCAUUGUUGCUGCUAUACUUAAAUCAUGGAAUUAUCAAGUUGCAAAGAAGAAAGGCAAAACCAUUAUCGAGGAAAUUGGGAGUGACGAAGAAAUGUCAGUUCAAGAAACAUCCCAAACUGACAAAGGUUCUAAUGAUGAUGUAGAGUCUACGUCGUCUGCAAAUGAGUAUAGGAAAAGCACAAAGGAGUCUAAGAGAAAAACCACGACAAAGGACACAAACAAUUCUGACAAGAGAGAAAACAAGGACAAUUGUUCUACCCCGAAGAAGGCAAAGGUUGUCUGGACAAAUGCACUCCACAGCCAGUUCUUGGAAGCCAUUAGAAGCAUAGGCCUUGAAAGGGCUGUUCCAAAGAAAAUUCUUGAGCUCAUGAAUGUGCCAGGAUUAACUAGAGAAAAUGUUGCCAGUCAUUUACAGAAGUAUCGAAUUUUCUUGAAGCGAGUUUCUGAAGCAAGCUAUAAAAUUCAAUCUGCCACUGAAAGGAACAUGGUUGAAAGGACCUUUCGAUCAACUUUCGCAUCAGGACAACCUUCUUCCUCAAUGUUCAAUAGAUCGCAGCGGCGAUAUGGAGGGUAUGUCCCAGUUCCCAACCUUGGCAAUAAUAUUUCAUGUUGUUCUACCCAGGAAGCUUCAUCUACCAACUUCUCCAUGCCUCGAUUCGGAUGCACCCAAUCACUUCUACUAUGCAAUCAAGGUAAUUUGAAGAAACCAACCAUUGGCAAUGGUAGUGUAAAACGUCCUUAUAAUCAUCAAACCAGUUUGUCGCUCCAUGGAAAUACUUCAGGUGGCACUGGCCUCAUGACUGGUCCAAAUUUGUUCGAAAUGUACCAACAAAAGAAUCAACUAGCACCACAGACACAGAGCUUUAAAAAUGGCAUGUUGAACUACAAUUCUACUACAUCUGGAGUUCACGGCUACAAUGAUAUCGGUGUAACGGGCUAUGGAAAAAUGGGGGCUUUCAACAGUUCUAAUAACUUGAACCUUAAACCUAAACCCAAUGGCAAUUCCUACAAAAAUAAUUAUGCUGGAUACCAAAUGGCUGGUGAUGGGAGGCUUGUUGGAUUAGGAUUUAAGGGUCGGGAGGCACCAACAAAUUAUAACAGUAACAAUUUCUUGAUGAAUGGGAAACAAAAUAAUGAAAGUAUGAUUACUAUGCCGUUGUUGAGUGGCAAUUUUGGUGAUAAUUUGGCACAAGGAGUGAUCACUUCUAAUGGGUUUCAGAGCCAAGGUCAAGUCUUGCCAACAACAUUUAAUUGUGCCAUUCAACAAGAAAACAAUUCAGUGACCCCAAUGCCACCCACACCUCUAGUGCAACAAAACAGUUUUGGGAAUGGACAGGGAGAAAGUGACCGUUUCUUUGGUCUGUUGAAUAAUGUCUCAGACUUUGAUAGCAACUCUUUCAUACAACCAUUUGGAGAAGAUGAUCUUAGCUUUAAUUUCUUGAACCAAAUCAACAUUCAAUCUCCAACUCAGCAAGAUGGUUCUUUCAGUCAAUAUCAUGUGGAAGCUAACCCACUAGUGAACCAGCAGUCCCUUGGACAGUUCAUUCAGAAACCUGGUGGUGGUGAGAUGGUCUCAAACUUUGGCAGUGUCAAGAGUCAAUCAGAUAAAUAUGUUCCAUCAUUUGAGCAGAACCCUAGUCAGCAAGAUGAUGAAGAAUUCCUGAAGUCAGUGUUUGCCUCUGGUGAGUUUGACUGGGAUGAUAACCCUGGACGACUCUGA